AUGGCCCGGAGUGGGAUCGAGGACCCAGGGCCAGCGGGCAGGCAGGGCGUGCCUCCGCAGAGCUGUGUGCGUCCCUGCGGCGCGGCCGGCGUGCACCGCCGGGGAAGACGUAGACUCGGCCGCGCCGGGGCCGGUGGUGCGCUGGCGGAUGUGCUGGCGGACCACGCGGGCGAGCUCGUGCGCACCGACAGCCCCAACUUCCUCUGCUCCGUGCUGCCCUCGCACUGGCGCUGCAACAAGACGCUGCCCGUCGCCUUCAAGGUGGUAGCGCUGGGGGAUGUGCCAGAUGGAACGGUAGUGACUGUGAUGGCAGGCAAUGAUGAGAACUACUCUGCCGAACUGCGCAAUGCCUCCGCUGUCAUGAAGAACCAGGUGGCCAGGUUCAACGACCUUCGCUUCGUGGGCCGCAGUGGGCGAGGGAAGAGUUUCACACUGACCAUCACUGUGUUCACCAACCCUACCCAAGUGGCCACCUACCACCGAGCCAUCAAAGUGACCGUGGAUGGACCCCGGGAGCCCAGACGGCACCGGCAGAAGCUGGAGGACCAGACCAAGGCGUUCCCUGACCGCUUCGGGGACCUGGAACGGCUGCGCAUGCGGGUGACACCGAGCACGCCCAGCCCUCGAAGCUCGCUCAGCACCACAAGCCACUUCAGCAGCCAAUCCCAGACCCCCAUCCAAGGCACCUCGGACCUGAACCCUUUCACCGACCCCCGCCAGUUCGACCGCUCCUUCUCAGCGCUGCAGACCCUCCCAGAGACCCGCUUCACGGACCCCAGGAUGCAUUACCCGGGGGCCAUGCCAACCGCCUUCCCCUACAGUGCCACGCCCUCGGGCACGGGCAUCAGCAGCCUCAGUGUGGCCAGCAUGCCGGCCACCAGCCGCUUCCACCACACCUACCUCCCGCCGCCCUACCCUGGGACACCGCAGAACCAGAGCGGGCCCUUCCAGACCAACCCGUCCCCCUACCACCUGUACUACGGUGCGUCCUCCGGCUCCUACCAGUUCUCCAUGGUGGCCGGCAGCAGCGGGGGCGGCGACCGCUCACCCACCCGCAUGCUGGCCUCUUGCACCAGCAGCGCCGCUUCCACGGCCGCCGGCAACCUCAUGAACCCCAGCUUGGGAGGCCAGAGCGACGGCGUGGAGGGCGACGGCAGCCACAGCAACUCGCCCAGCACCCUGAGCACGCCGGGCCGCAUGGACGAGGCCGUGUGGCGGCCCUACUGACCACCCGGGGCAAAGUGGACUGCUCCCGAUGGGGACGGGGACCCCGAGAACCUUCCUGACGAGUGGCUGGCCCAGCUCCGAGGCUCGGGGCAGGAAUGGGACCUAUACUCUGUGGCGAUCACGGGCCCAGGGUCCGUGGGUCCUGGGGCCCAGAGCUGGUGGGUGGCUCUGGGAGCAUCUAGUCCAGCCACGUCUUUGUACAGAGGGCUAGGGACCGCCCCCAGCCCACAUCCUAGUCGUCUCAUCCCACUCUCCUGUGGGAAAAGUAUCCUCUUCCUGCCACCUCCCCUGGCGACCUGGCCAUUCCCAGCAAUGCCCAGUAUUGUCAUGGGGCCUGGGUUUCCUGGGACAGAGACCAUUGUCUGUUCCAGAGAGAGGCUGCAUUUGCCCACACAGUUUGGCCUCUUAUCCAGGGGGCCCUGGAAAGCCCUCCCCACCCCCACCUUCCUCAGAGACCCUGCACCCCAGGAGCCCAGCCCUUCCUCCACAUUUAUGCAAAUUGAUUCAAAACUGAAGGGUCUCCCCGCCCUGAGAGGGGUUCCCCUCAUUGUAUAGACAGGGAAGGGACCCAUCCAGAGGACCCAGGAAAUCACUGGCAGAGAUGAGAUGAGAAUACUCCCAAGCCAGUCCCCCCAGCUCCGCUUCCCCACAAUUUCUAACAGCUAAGAAGCCCCCAUCCCUGUCCCAGCUAUUUGUGGGUCCCAAGCCCCAAACUAGACUAGCCUAUGGAGGUAGGUCCCUAAAACCAGGGAAAGCACCUGCAGACGAGUCCUCCAUGCACUUUACCAGCCCAAGGCAUUCACCUGCUGUUCUCUUGGUGGGGAGCCGGGGAUUCCCCCUUCUCCCUAGGCCGGUCUCAGAAUUGCCAUUUUUGGAGAGAGCACAGGGACCAGAUAGGUCCUGGCAGAAAGCACUGAGGUGAAGGGUCUCGCAGUCAGAUGUCAGCACCCUCGUCUCACCUAGGCCCGGCCAAGCCGUGCAGACCCCCAGCCUCGUGGGGAGGCCCCGCCACAUCUCCCGACCUCCGACACACAUCUCCCCGUCUUUAACCAGUCUGUGCUCCACAAGCCGUCGUGAGCAAAAACUAGUUUUUAAAGCUGAUUUCAGAAAACGAAGCUUCAGUCCAACAUUUCCAAACACAUGCUCUCUUACAGGUAAAGCCCCGUGAUCCCGUGAUAGCGAACAGUACCCCUUACCCCUCCCAGCGAUUCCGUCGCUGGGACCUCAAUAUUUCCUCAAGAAGUCACAUCCCUUCCAUAGCAUUCCGCCAACGUCCUUCAAAGGCCGGCCCAGCUGGGGGCCGAGGGGAAUGCUGAUGAGAUGCUGGCAUCGCAUAUCUGUGGCUCUUAGACACGUGCCCUGGUCCUGGUGGGUGGGAGGUGAGAGGUGGAGAGCAGUGGCUGCCUGACGGCAGAGCGGAGGAGCUGGCAAAGGCUCACCAGCCUCAGCUCGGCCCACUCUGCGCCGCUUCGGUCUGCAAAUGGGACGGCAAGCCUUGCCCAAGGGGUCAGGCCGCGUGGAUUCUCGUGUCUGAAUUCUUUAAUUCUAGAAAAGCGUAGGUGGAAAAGGGCAAGAAAACUCUCGUAAGGGGUAAGCAGCAUGUGGUUUUCAGCAGUCGUUUCAGCCAUAUCCUCUGUGGAUGUGGAAAUCUCCCCUGCAGGAUGCUCCGCAGUGGCCGUCUCUGUCAUAGUGCUCGGCCUGCCGUACCAACCACAGCCCGUAACAACAGCCAGAUGUGAACACCGGAUACACACUCUGGCAGGUCGGGGAGUCCUUCUGGCGAUCUUGUUUAAACCCCUCCUGCUGCGGUUUCUCUUGUCCUGCCCUCACUGGAAAAAGAGCCGUCUCCAUCUCUUCACAAUAGCUGCUGGGGGUGUCCUGCUGACUCCCUGCACCCAGGGUGGCUCCCCACCUCUUCUCAGGAAGCAGCUACAAACCCAUUCUCCACGCACCUUCUUCAGUCCUAUUCUCUGUGGUCGUAGACUGUGUGGGAGGCCCCCUCAGGUUCCCAGUGCCCAGCACUUUGUAGCCCCACCUCGGAUUACUCCCCCUUCCUGAUGUCCAAGCCCUGGUUGGGGCAGAGACAGGAAAUAAAUUGACCCUACCCCCCACCCCUGACUGGAAAUGACAGCGGCCAUGCCGAAUCUGUGUUUAAGGCCCAGAGUGGCUACAGACGGCCUGGGCUUGUAGAAGGGUUUUUACUUACAAGGCUGCUUUCAAGUUGUACCAGGCAAACACACUGAUUUAGAAAGCACAAGGAGACGAAGGCGUUUUGGUACCACGUUACUGUAAGCUUGGCGGUGGUGGGUACAUAUCCUUUGUGACAUAUUGUCAUGCUGAGGUGUUAAUACCUGCUACACUCAUAUCUUCCAUAAAACCGUUCCAGAGCUGGGAAGAGGGUAGGGAGGGGUGGAAACUGCUUUGCACUAUAAUUUGCUUGGUGUGUUUGUUUUUAAUGCACAACUUGCUUGUAUAGUAAACUGUCUGUCUUCUGUACUAUUUAACUGUAAAAUGGAAUUUUGACUGAUUUAUUAUAAUAUAACUCUGAGAUGUGUUGAAGGAUCCCAA